GUGUCUACCACAAUGACUUCCCCGCACGCCGCUUUUUCGCCAACACCCGGGGCCUUUACAUCACCGAGCCAAUGGAUGAAGAGACAGCUCGUGCCAAAGCUCGGAACUUGAUGGCUCUCGGCUUGGAGCCUCCGCGCUUCCACCUCUUCGCCCGGCUUGCACAGGACAGCUUACACAGCGACAGCGCCCGCCUGGAGCAG